GCAGCCUAGUCUCACAAGCUCCUCUCUAUAUCCCAGCACCUGCCACCAUGCAGCCUGCCACCCUAGUCUCCACUUGCUCCUUCCUCCUGCUGUUGGGGGCCUUGCCCGGCUGGACAGCUGAAAAUGACCCCUUUGGGAAGGUCAUUGAGGGCAUCAACCAUGGGCUGAGCAAUGCUGAAAGGGAGGUGGGCAAGGCCCUGGAUGGCAUCAAUCAUGGGAUCACUCAAGCUGGCAGAGAAGUAGAGAAAGUGUUCAACGGCCUUAGCAGCAUUGGGAAGGAGGCUAGCAGGGAGGUAGACAAAGGUGUCCAAGGGAUCAACCACAGCCUGGACCAACUGGCCCACGGAGUUAAUCAUGCUUCUGGGCAGGCAGGCAAGGAGGCAGAAAAAGUGAUCCACGGCGCCAACCAAGGGCUCAACAACGCCGGGAAGGAGGUGGACAAGGGCAUCCACGAUGCGAGUCAUGCUGUCGGGCAGGCCGGGAAGGAGGUAGAGAAGUUUGGCCAAGGGGUCAACCAUGCUGCUGGGCAGGCCGGGAAGGAGGUGGAGAAGUUGGACGAAGGGAUCAAUUAUUCUGCUGGGCAGGCCGGGAAGGAAGUGGACAGAUUUGGCCAAGGGGUCAACAAUGCUUUUGGGCAGGCCGGGAAGGAAGUGGGCAGAUUUGGCCAAGGGGUCAAUCAUGCUGCUGGGCAGGCUGGGAAGGAAGUGGACAGAUUUGGCCAAGGGGUCAACAAUGCUUUUGGGCAGGCCGGGAAGGAAGUGGACAGAUUUGGCCAAGGGGUCAACCAUGCUGCUGGGCAGGCUGGGAAGGAAGUGGACAGAUUUGGCCAAGGGGUCAACCAUGCUGCUGGGCAGGCUGGGAAGGAGGUGGACAGAUUUGGCCAAGGGGUUAACAAUGCUUUCGGGCAAGCUGGAAAGGAAGUGGACAAGUUUAAUCAGGGAGUCAACCAUGCUGCUGGUCAGGCUGGGAAGGAGGUAGAGAAGUUUGGUCAAGGAGCCAACCAUGCUGCUGGACAAGCAGGGAAGGAGGUGGACAGAUUUGGCCAAGGGGUCAACAGUGCUUUUGGGCAGGCUGGGAAGGAGGCAGACAAAUUUAACCAAGGGGUCAACCAUGCUGCUGGGCAAGCAGGGAAGGAGAUAGAGAAGGUUAACCAAGGGGUCAACCAUGCUGCUGGGCAAGCAGGGAAGGAGGUGAACAAGUUUGGCCAAGGGGUCAACCAUGCUGCUGGACAGGCAGAGAAGGAGAUAGAAAAGGUUAACCAAGGGGUCAACCAUGCUGCUGGGCAAGCUGGGAAAGAACUGGAGAAAGUCAAGGAGGAUGUCCACCAUGGGGUCAACCAAGCCGGCAAGGAGGCCAACCAGCUGCUGAAUGGAGCUCACCAAGGAGCUGGCGGCAGCGGGGCAGGAGUCACACCCUUGAACUCUGGGGCCUCGGUCAACAUGCCCUUCAUCAACUUGCCAGCCCUGUGGAGAAGCAUCGUCAACAUCAACCCAUGAACUGACUGAUGGACUUGCCUGGCUUGCUGAGCAGGCUCUGUGGAAUGGUCUUCCAAGUGUUUUUGAAGAACUUGGGGGGAGGGCAUUGUGUGGGAAGGGAACCACUUCCGGGACACAAGGAGUCGGGAUGGGGGAUUGUUAUAAAUGCCAUAAACUGGUACUCACUCCCCCUUUGUGUCGUCUGACAAUUUUCUUUUUUAUUAUGAACCUAAAGACAAGCGUUUCCACAUAUCAGAGUACGUGUAACCUGAAUGGGUUUGAAAAGCUUGUCAAGAAAGCAAAGGGAAUAUUUGGUAAAUAACUAUUUUCCUAUUUAAAUAUUCCCACAGUUGUAGUAUUUAGUGAAAAAAAAUUCACAUUUAAUGACUUUAUGAUACUAAAAUGUUGUGAACACAAUAAAGUUUUCUUUAUGAAAAUUAA